AGCGCGCGCGUGGGAAUCAUUUGCUCUCGCGCGCAGCUUCACGGACGCUUCCUCAUAACACGCGUCCAUAAACCGGAAUAAAGUACUGCUAAUAACUACCUUUAUUUGGAUGUCAAGUGAAGAUCAAUGUCUCCGUCGAACCCGCUACUCAGAUCAUCCUGAUAUUCCCGAGAAAUGCCCGUUUACACACGGUGCCACAGAUCGACUCCAGCGGCCUGAAACUCUCACUCGCUCACCAUGUCCUCCUUCAGCUCUUUAUUUGCCCUGCUCUUCAUCUGCAGGUUUUUGGAGAACUCGCUGCUCAGCGCGGAAGUGAAGGAUGGAGAGAUUCUUCCUCCGACCAUCCAGAAGCUGAUGAAAGGAUACAACAAAUACCUCCGGCCUUUCUUUGACAAUGGUCCUGUCACGGUGGGCAUGAGCUUAGACAUCGCCAGCAUUGACACGAUCUCAGAGAUCAACAUGGAUUACACGGCCACCAUCUUCCUGCGUCAGCGCUGGACGGACGAGAGGCUGGUGUUCGAAGGCAAUAAGAGUCUGAGUCUCGACGGGCGUCUGGUGGAGCUGCUGUGGGUCCCGGACACCUUCAUCGUGGACUCCAAGAAGUCCUUCCUCCACGACAUUACAGUGGAGAACCGACUGAUCCGGAUCUUUCCCAACGGAACGGUCCUCUAUGCCCUCCGGAUCACCACCACUGUGGCCUGUAACAUGGAUCUGACCAAAUAUCCCAUGGACAAACAGACGUGCACCUUACAACUGGAGAGCUGGGGUUAUAAUGUCAAUGACGUGAUGUUUAACUGGGCGCGUGGGAACGAGUCUGUGAGCGGACUGGACACCCUGAGACUGGCCCAGUACACCGUCGAGGACCAUUACACCUCCGCGUCUGAGGCCGUGUACGAGACAGGAAACUAUCCCAGGCUGAUCUUUCAUUUCGAGCUGAAGAGGAGCAUCUUGUACUUCAUCCUGGAAACCUACGUUCCCUCCAGCCUGCUAGUGGUUCUGUCCUGGGUCUCCUUUUGGAUCAGCCAAUCGUCCGUCCCCGCACGCAUUUGCAUAGGCGUGACCACGGUCCUGACGAUGACCACACUGAUGAUGGGCGCCCGCACGUCUCUGCCCAACGCCAACUGCUUCAUCAAGGCCAUCGACGUGUACCUGGGCAUCUGCUUCAGCUUCAUCUUCGGAGCGCUGAUCGAGUACGCCGUGGCCCACUUCUGCACGCUGCACCACCCCGACUGCAACAGCGCACUCAUGUACGGUCAUCACAUGCACGACUGCGAGGAGGAGAUGAACGGCAUGCUCACAACCAUCGCCAGCAACUCCUCACGGGUAAAGAGACGCAAAGACUCGGUGUCGGCGUCCACCGGCGCUGGAGAACCGGGUCUCGGACCCGCCAGCGAAGACAAGACCCCCGAGGGCCCGUCCGAGCCCUUCAGCCGCUGCGCCAAAAACAUGUCCAUCGCGAGGAACAUCCUCAGAUCCGUCAACUGCUGUCACGUGGAAAACCCACAUUACAUAGACAACUACUCCCGCUUAACCUUCCCGCUGUCGUUCGUCUUCGUCAAUCUGCUCUACUGGACCUACUACCUGUACUUUUAACCAUGUUGAGUCAUUUCUGUGUGUGUGUGUGUGUGUGUGAGUGUGCAAGACCAAGAGACUCAGCAGAAAAGGAGACGAGUUAAAGUUAAGAUCUAUCAUUUAACUAUCAUUAUUACAGUAACCAUAUCAUUCGAGCACUUAAAAGCAGACAUUUUUGUUAAAUAUGAUUCGGUAAAUCCCUGAACUGCAAAAAUGCUUUUCCUACUUAGUAUUUUUGUCUUGUUUCCAGUCCGAAAUAUCCAAAAAAUUCAUAAAUCAAAAAUCAUUUACUUGAGUGAAAUGCCACUAGAUAUUAUGUCUUGUUUUCGGGGGAAAUAACUUUUUUAUUUUAUUUUAUUUAUUUAUUUUAGCACAAGAUAAAACAGACAGAUAUUAAAAAAAACAACACAUAUGGAUUGUGUAGGAGAGGCAAGAAACCCCCAAGGGCUUAUAAUAAAGCCUCUCCUUUUGAUUUUUCAGUUCAUAUACAUCAAACUAUCAUAAUAAAUAACAACAAUCAUCACAAUAAUAACAGAACACAUAUACAGAAAUUUUAACAGUCACACAAAUGUUUUUUCAUACUUGACUUAAAUACUGACAAUGAUAAACUAGUUUUUUAACACUUUACAAUAAGGUUCGUUACUACAUUAGUUAAUAUGAACUAAUAAUGAAUAGCACAUA